UAUUUAAUAAUUUUCAACAGGGAUCAUCCGAAUGAGCAACGGGAGAAAGAGGAGUUCGAGGAAUACUUCGAAACCGAUAAUCAAAGAGAACUGAGACAAAUAUUCUCUGGCCAGAGUCAAAUGUUCGAGGCAUUGCGCGAGUUGAACAGAAAGUUGGACGAGAUAGUAGGAAGGCAGGAACGAUCGUUAAGUCUAAUAUCUCAACUGCAAGUCGGUGGUGUGCAAGUUUCUGGUCAAACUGGCGGGCAAGGAGUACAGCUAAUUGAUACGAUAAGACGUACAGAAGUCGAAACAUUGUUCGAAAAUCAAAACGUUCUAAUGAAUAGAGCAAAGGAGGUAGAAUCAUUUGUGAAGGAUAUGUACGUGAAGGUUGAUACGAUUAUUAACAAUCAGGUUCGCGCUCCAACUGCACAGGUGCAACAGAUGGGAUAUGAUUAUCAGUCGCUGAUUUCUGAAAUGCGAGAUGGCCUUAACACUGUGAAAAGAGACAUUGGCCAGAUGAAUAGUAAAGGCAAUGUUAAAUCAGACUGUCCGACGACGAACUGUUUAACAACGACGAUGUUCUUAUUGUUCGUCGCGAUUCAGAUGAUUAUUUUGUUAGCGUACAGCAUGUACCGGGACAAUAAGGAGGCACAGGCGAAGAAAUUAUAUUAACACUUAUUUUCAAGUGUUGAAAAACAGAACAGCUAGGAAACAAGUCAGAAGAGAGGAAGCUACACAGAAUAAGAAUAAAAUAAAUUUAUUACUAUCGCGUACCAUCAUUCCGAAUAUUUUUUAUCAUUUGUCAUAUAAAGCAUAAGGAGUAUGCAUUUAAACUGUGAAAAACACACCUUUGUACAAUAAAAUGCAUUCUACGUACAAUACGAAAAUAGACCUAAAUGUGACAUAAUAACAAUAAUAAAAAUAAAGGAACAAGAGAGGGAGAAAUUUAGUCCAUUCAAUCAAUAUCGAUCUCAUAAAUAACACAAGUGUCUAUAUACAUAAAUCUGUAUAAAUGUGCAAAUGCAGUACUAAAUAGACAAUUGGACUUUUAA